UUGGUAAAUACAAAUAAAAUUUAAAUUAUUAAUGAAUCACUGCUAGUGUGAUAAAUGACUAUUAUUUUGAUUAUUGAUUACUACUUUAUCGUCUCGCGACAUUCCAGUCUGUAAAAAUAUUCUUAUAUAACAAACCAAAGUCCGAGUUAACUAAAAGAUUAAUGCAAGUUAAGUAAAGUGUUAGCGAAAAGGCUAAUUAAAAAAGAAUUUAUUUAGUUUACAAAAAUAUACAAACUAUUUUAGCGUUUCUUUUUUCAGUAAAGAAAAUUUGAAUUUGACGUACACAACUAUCGAAAAAAUAUCAAUCUUAUUGAGUUUCUGAGUUUCUUCGACUAAUAAUUUAUCUAGUCGAGUGCCUUUUACAAAAAAAUGCAUAAUAUAUCGCCAUUUUUACGUUCCCCCAUGACGGACCUCACAGGGGGGAUCCAUUCCCACCAGAUGUUGGGUCGUUGCCAGAUGCAGGAGAUGGCAAUGAUGGACUGCUUGGAGGCUUAUGGCCUGGACCGUGGCCUAGUGAAAUGUAACUACUUGGUCGACGAUUUCCGCGAAUGUCACACGAAUGCAAAACAGUUCAAACGAUUUUACGCGAUGCGCCGUGAGCGUGAUCGUCAGAUUGCGUUGAAGAAGCUGACUGGCGAUAAGAUGUACUGUUCUCCACUCAUCGACAGCUAUUAAAGCAUUUUCAGAGAAACCAUAAAUAAAACGUAACUUGCGUUGUAGACCAAUUUCGCAAAAACUUAACAUAAUGUCCUUUAUCGUUCCUGAAUAUUUUAUUAAGCAUUCAAAU